AUGGCAACAACUUUGUUGGCACCAGUAAAAACUGAGCGACAAAUCUUCGAGCAUUCAAUGUCAGAAGAUGAUCCUAACGCUAAUACACAAGUACCAAGUGUUGUGGGUACAGAACUUCGCUGGGGUCCGCGACAUAAGGGAGCUCAAGAGCUUGCUGAACUCUAUAGUCCAGGCAAAAGACUACAAGAAUGGGUGUGUGUGGUGGUUUGUUGUACAUUGUGUGUCAGUGCAGGCCUUCUUAUGGCUAGACACAUACAAGCAGAUGCUUCACUAUUAUUAGCAGCAAUGGCUGGUGUUCUAACAGCAGAUUUUGCAUCUGGAGUAGUUCAUUGGGCUGCUGACACUUGGGGAGCAGUUGAUCUUCCUCUUAUAGGCAAAAAUUUCCUGCGCCCGUUUCGUGAACAUCACAUUGACCCUACAUCAAUUACGAGGCAUGAUUUCAUUGAGACAAAUGGCGAUAAUUUUGCCAUAACCAUACCAGUUUUAGCAAGGAUUGUUUGGCAGCUUCUUACCUACGAUGACCGCAUCAUCGAUCAACAAUUUAAUUGGAUUGCUUACUGGUACUUGUGUUGCAUCUUUGUGGCGAUGACAAAUCAGAUUCAUAAAUGGUCUCAUACGUAUUUCGGUUUACCUACGUGGGUAGUGUGGUUACAAGAAUGGCACAUAGUGUUGCCGCGCCGCCACCACCGAAUUCACCAUGUAGCGCCGCACGAGACUUACUUUUGCAUCACCACUGGUUGGCUUAAUUGGCCACUAGAAAAAUUGCACUUCUGGUCCACCUUAGAGACUAUAAUAGAAGCGUUAACUGGUUGUAAACCGCGAGCCGACGACUUGAAAUGGGCUCAUAAGCGUUCCUAG